AUGGUUUUAAGGGACCAUGAAAAUUUUUAUGUAGUUCAAGCUUUAGGCCUGAUUGGUGAACGAGAUAUUUACGAAUUAGAAUUUUGGUCCAGAAAACCAAAACCUGGCGCUAACAGGAGAUCAUUCUACACUCAGACUAAAAAUCCCAAUGAGAGACCAAUGUUUAGAUCAAUUAAAAAGAAAAUAGGGAAUGGAACCGCGGGGAUGGUGCGCAGGAUUAGAAAGCCAUUGCGGGACAAAACCGUUGGCCACUAUGAACCUACUUCGGAACAUCCCUCCUAUCACCACGAAACAUCUUACCAUGACAAGACAGUUGGGCACUACGAACCUACUACCCACCGUUCUACAAAAAUUGAGGAAUCUCCUAUGCACCUAGUGGGCAAAUCAACUCGUCAGCCCGAGGAGGAGUCUACAGUAUUGGAGCAAUCACAAAAAGAAGACGUCGAACACAGCGUAGCAUUUUCUGCAUAUUCAAUCAAAAAGACAAUGGAAGACAUAGCGCAAGAAGUUGGCAAAGAAACCAACAUAACGGUUGAAGUAAUCGGCCGUACAUUUGAAUACAAUGACAUAGUAAUGCUCAAGAUGGCGGAAACCAAAAGUGUCAUAACGAAAUAUUUCAGAGCUGAUGAUAACAAGUACAUGGACGAUGUGCCAGAAAAGCAAAUAAUAUUUAUUGUCCACGGCCUUUCCACAAAAAGUAUAAAAGAAGUGCCUUGUUUGUCUAAACGAGACGAGUUUUUGCAACUGCUGCACUACUAUAUCUGUCAUUUAGAUAUUUUUGAUAUAUAUUUGAUUCCAAUGGCUAACCCUGAUGGAUUUUCAGUUACUGAAGUUAAUUGGAACAAGAAUUUUUCGCCACAAAAUAUGUGCCACGGUGUUGCCCUCGAUCGGAACUUUGACGUAGCCUGGGGUGGGACGACACCGGUUGGGGCUUGCAGCCGCAACUACCCUGGACCAAUGGCUUUCUCUGAGCCGGAGACGAAGGCCAUCAGGGAUAUUUUCCACCGAUUCGGUCACAAGAUAAUAGCGUACAUUAAUGUUCACGCUGGCACGUAUUCGAGCAUGACGUAUAAGGGUGAUGCAGUCUUAUAUCCUAAAGGCUACACCGAAGCUCAAACAGACGAUGAUAAAUACAUCGAUAUGAAAGGUGAAAUCGAUGACGCCAUGAGAAAUGCGAGUUUUCAAAGGAUGACUGUGACCACAGAUACGCUGUACCAUUGGUAUGGGAAGGUAACUGGAAGUAGCGUCGAUUACGCGUCCACUGUUUUCGGAAUACCAUAUGCUUUAGAAUUUGUAAUGCAGCCGUAUGAUGGUUACGUGGCAAGCGCCGCGCUCACUGCCGUGUGGCAGAGAGUCAUCGAUACUGUAUUCCAAUUUAUACAUCAUAGGAAAGAUGGAGGCGAUGGUCAAAAGAAAUAA